UGAUACGUGUCUGGAGAGGGAUUGACUUCCAAUCCUCAGUCUCUCUCUCUUAUCAGGGUCUUGCUCUUCACUCUUUAGAUUAGAAUUUUGAUUGAAAUCAGAAUGAGCUCUACCAUGGACAUACAAGCAUUAUUUGAACAAUGUUCUGUGCCUGAAAUCCAGGCAAAGCUGGAAGAAACCAGACAGAAUAUUGAAAAGGAACGAGAAGAGUUGCGAAUCAUGGUCAGUGAGCGUUACAGAGACCUGAUAGAGGCGGCUGACUCAAUAGUGGACAUGCAAAAGUGUGCAGAACAGAUUUGUCAGCAUGUGAAGCACAUUGAAUCUGGCUGCAGUCACUUGCAGCAUCAGGGGCUGAUUGGAUUCAAAGGCAGGGAUGAUAAGGACAUAGCCAGGCAGGACCGCAAGCGGCGCCUGUAUGACAUCGGCGCCCGCGUCAAACUGCUGAUGGACAUGCCGGAGACGCUGUGGCUGCGCGUGGAGCGGCGUGAGACGCUGACGGCCGCGCUCCUGCACCUCCUGGCGCAGUACAUCUUCACAGGUCUGCAGGUGGAGCGUCUGCACGGCGCCGAGGGUCAGCGCGUGAUGAAGCAGUUCCCGGUGGUGGUGCGCCAGUGGACGGCCAUACAGCGGUUCCGCGCCACCAUCCUCUCCAGCUGCCACGCCGCCGUCAGGGACGCCACGCUGCAGCAGCUCGAGCUGGUGGGCUCCUGUCUGGUGGCGGCCGCCCUGCUCGAAGGCUCCUCGGCCCGGGCCGCCUGCUCCCACCUGCUGCGGGAGCGGCGCGAGGCCGUGCUGGCGGCGGUACGCGCCGACUCGGCAGAGGACAGUGUGCAGCGCCAGGUGGCCAGGGCCGCCCGGCUGCUGCUGCACACGCUGCAGCUCGUCAUGGCGCUGUUUGUCGGCCACAACCCGCUGAACGACUGCCCGGAGGGUCAGUUUGUCACCCGGCUGAGGGACGUGAUUGCCAACCAGAAGCCGUUCGAGCUGGUGGACGACCGCGGGUCGGUGGCCAUGAGGCACCUCUCCGCCGACAUCAAGGGAUACAGACCGUCAGUAGCGGCGGCCGAGUCGUCUCUGCCGGCCGACCAGGUGCAGACGAUGGUAUCCGAGUGGCUGCAGCAGCUCGCCGAGCAGCUCAGACCCCGCGUCGCACAGCUCCUCGAGGGCGUUCCGUCGGUGAAGGGCCUGGCGUCUGUGCGGGACGGCGUGUACUCUGUGCUCUCCGAGGACCCUCACCGCCAGCACUGGGGGGAUAUCUGCCGAACACUGACCGGCGCCGAGCUCAGUAUCUGGGAGCUGUUUCCGCGGGAGGCUAUCCUGGUCCGGGCGGAGCAGCACAUCAAGGCCGGUCUGAGCUCGGCCUUCUCGGCCGUCACAGAAUCACUGGCGCAAACGGUCAAAGCCGGCGACAGGCUGAAGUCCGCGGUGGACAUUGUCGACUACCGGUGGAGUGACGUUAACGAGGCGCCAUCUGUGAGCGGCUGGAUGAACUACCGACACAGGAACCAGCAGUCGCUGCCAGGUCUGGUGCUGCGCGCGCGUGGCCACUGCGGUCCCGUCCAGGAGCUGUGCGCCGCGCUCGACUCGCGGCUGGACGCACUGCUCACGGACGUGCGCCACUACACGGAGAGGCCCGAGUCGGCCCGGCCGGCGCCCGGGGAGGCGGCCGCGCCGUCCGCCGCUCCGCCGCCCUUCGACCCGUGGCGGGACUCCGGCAGACUGGCCGAGACACUGCGGGAGCAGACGCGCGCUCAGCUGGACGGCCUGCUGACGGAGCUGGAGCGACUCGCCGAGUCCCCGGAGCAGCAGUCGGCGGCCGUACUGCUGGCCCGCGUGCCCCGCGGUGUCACUGACCUGUGCCCCCACCUGCCGCUCUGCCUGGACGCCACCGCGCGCGGCAAACAGCCGUCCGGGGCCGGUCGCGCCCUCUGGGAGGAGCUGGCCCAGCAGCUGCUGAGGGUCCGUCCCGCGCUGAUGAGGCGCUGGUGUGAGGCACGCGCCGCUCAGCUGGAUCAGCAGCUCAGCGACGCCCUGAAAACGGCCACCGACGCGCAGCUCAGCGACUUUGCGCUGUGGGCGGCCGUGACGAUCACGGAGGAGGCCGACUCUGGCGAGCAGGUGGAGUCGGUGAUCCGGGUGCCACGCUGUCCGCGCCUCUCGCUCUCCUCCGCGCUCUACCAGCUGGCCACCGACGUCAACCGACUCGGCUCCAUGACGCUGGGCAGGGAGGUUCAGGGCCAGCUGGUGCAGUGCUCCGUCCGCCGGCUGGUGGACGUCUACUGCCGCCACCUGGCGGCCUCUGACGUCACGCCGCCCUCUCAGCACCACGCGCUACAGGCGCUGGUCGACGUUCACUUCCUGAAGACGCUGGCCUCGGCGAGAGAUCAGGAGCUGACGAAGAAGAUCGGCAGCACGUGCGAGGCGAUUGAGGAGCACAUUGAUCCGUUCGACCUGAACGUGUGCUGGCCGCACGCCGUCAAGUACCUGAGGCAGUACACGCAGCAGUCUCAGUCGGUGCUGGGCGCGCUGAGCGUGGACCGCGGCCCGGCCCGGCCCGCCGGACCCGCGCCGGCCGCCUCCGGCCAGCCGGAGCCGCACAGCCUGCUGGCGCUGGCCGACCGACCGGUCCGCUUCAGUCUGCUGGCGGUGCCCGACUCGGCGCCGCUCGAGCGGCCGCCCCGCCCGCUGCCCUCCUGUCCGGCCCGACUCGAUAAGAUGGCUUCUCAGCAGUCCCCGAAGAAGGCGGACGCGAUCAAGCCGAGUCCAUCAUUCCUGGCUAACUUCAGCGGCAGUUGGUUCUAAGCUGUGGGUUUCAGUCGUCCAGCCUUUCCACAGCAGCCGUUCUGCUAGAGCUGUCACCGUGCGGCGGCCUGAACGGCAGCGAACGACUGCCCGUGUGUUGUUACGUGCACCAAGUGCUUGCGCCAGAUUACAAGUAAUUAAUUAUUAUACAGUAUAUUAUGACGUGUGGCAUUCAUUGUUAUGAUACGAAUACAGGUGCGGGUUUUAUGAUCAUAACA